AGCAUCUGCCAUUGAGUUUUAAAGGAAAAUGGAAAGUGUGAGUGAACUUCAGAAUCCACUGUUGUCCAAGAACAAUGGACACCUUCAUGGUAGCUGUACUUAUCACCAGGAUUACCAUGGUCAUCGUUGUCAUGGCAAAUUAUAUUCCUAUAUCUUCCAAAAUUCAGGUAAUGCAAGGACACACCAGUUGUUGGAUGCCAGUUCUCUUCAACUAGCUGUUGAAGCGCUGUAUGGUCCAAAUUUCAUUCUGGUGAAGGAUGAAAGCAGUGUCAAAGUCAAGGACAACAAAGGUGACAAUUGUGAGACAACCUUCAUGGAAAACAAAGACACAUCUGCUGAUGUUUCUGAUGAGCAAGAAACACAGGGAAGAUCUCUAAUGGAAAAUGAUAUCAAAAUCCAGACAGUAUCUUAUGAAGUAGAGGAAGAGGAAUUGCAGGAAUAUGAGAGUGACUCUUCAAGUGAUAGCGAGAGUGAAGAUAAUUUUCUGAUGCUUCCUCCACGAGACCACCUAGGCUUAGCCAUUUUCUCAAUGCUCUGCUGUUUUUGGCCCCUGGGAAUUGCUGCCUUCUGUUUUUCUCAAGGGACAAGUAAGGCCAUCUCCAAGGGGGACUUUCACCAGGCAAGCUCAGCUUCUCGACGAGCACUCUUCCUCGCUGCACUAUCAAUUACCAUCGGCACAGGGGUAUAUGUUGGAGUGAUUGUAACACUGAUUGCUUACCUUUCUAAAGGUGGGCAUGUAUAA